GUGCGGAUGAACACGGCGGAUGUGGCGGCGGAGGUGAAGUGCCUCCGCAAGCUCAUCGGGAUGCGGUGCGCCAACGUAUACGACAUCUCCCCUAAGACUUAUCUAUUCAAGCUGAUGAAUAGCAGUGGAAUCACCCAAUCAGGGGAGAGUGAAAAGGUAUUUUUGUUGAUGGAAAGCGGAGUCAGGUUGCAUACAACUCAGUAUAUGCGAGACAAAAAUACAACUCCUUCCGGCUUUACUCUUAAAUUGCGGAAACAUAUACGGACAAAAAGACUUGAAGACAUCCGGCAACUGGGAUAUGAUCGUAUUAUUCUUUUCCAAUUUGGAUUGGGUAGUAAUGCUCAUUAUAUAAUUCUUGAACUAUAUGCCCAAGGAAAUAUUCUUCUCACGGAUUCUGAGUUUACUGUAAUGACGCUACUCCGCUCUCACAGAGAUGACGAUAAGGGUUUGGCUAUUAUGUCACGCCAUCGCUAUCCAAUAGAGGCUUGCCGCCUUUUCGAAAGGACUGACUACUCAAAGUUAAAAGCCACCCUAAAUAAGCCAAAUUCAACCAAGCAUGAUGAGUCUUCAGAACUUAUUGAUGAUGGGAACAAUAUUCCAGAUAAAUCCAAAGAGCAAACUAAAUCUAAGAAUAAAAAAGCCAAUGAUGGUGGCCAAUCAAAUAAAGCUACUUUGAAGACCAUUAUUGGAGAGGCUUUGAGCUAUGGACCAGCACUCUCUGAGCAUAUUAUAUUGGACGCUGGCCUGCUUCCAAAUAUAAAACUUGGGAAAGAUCCUGAUAGUAAAAUUGGGGAUGACACGAUACACCUUCUUGCAGAAGCUGUUUCGAGGUUUGAAGAUUGGCUUGAGGACAUCAUAUCCGGUAAGAGGAUUCCCGAAGGAUACAUUGUGAUGCAGAGUAAAACUACUGGAAAGGAUACAAAAAACCCACAAGAAUCGGCUUCAUCUUUGAAGAUAUAUGAUGAAUUCUGUCCUAUACUGCUGAAUCAGUUCAAGUCAAGGGAAUCUGUUAAAUUUGAAACAUUUGAUGCAGCUUUGGACGAGUUCUACAGUAAAAUCGAGAGCCAAAGAGUGGAGCAGCAGCAAAAAGCAAAAGAAGAAACAGCAAUACAAAAGCUUAAUAAGAUACGCUCGGAUCAGGAAAACCGUGUACAUACAUUGAGGAAAGAAGUGGACCAUUGUACUGAAUUGGCGCAACUGAUCGAGUACAACUUAGAAGAUGUGGAUGCGGCCAUUCUAGCCGUCCGUGUUGCCCUAGCAAAUGGGAUGGCUUGGGUAGAUCUUGAGCGCAUGGUGAAGGAAGAGAGGAAAUCAGGAAAUCCAGUAGCGGGUCUCAUUGAUAAACUCCAUUUGGACAGAAAUUGUAUUACCCUGCUCCUCAGUAACAACCUCGAUGAAAUGGAUGACGAUGAAAAAACUGCCCCUGCUGAAAAGGUAGAGGUCGAUUUGGCACUUUCUGCACAUGCAAAUGCACGCCGCUGGUACGAAAUGAAGAAAAAACAGGAAAGUAAGCAAGAAAAGACCAUAACAGCACAUGAGAAGGCUUUUAAAGCAGCUGAGAAGAAGACGCGCCAACAACUUGCUCAGGAAAAAACUGUUGCUGCAAUAUCUCAUAUGCGUAAAGUUCACUGGUUCGAGAAAUUCAACUGGUUCAUCAGCAGCGAGAAUUAUUUGGUUAUCAGUGGUCGUGAUGCUCAACAAAAUGAGAUGAUUGUCAAGCGAUACAUGUCCAAAGGAGAUCUGUAUGUACAUGCAGACCUUCACGGAGCUUCGAGUACUGUGAUCAAGAAUCACAAACCAGAUAGUCCCAUACCGCCCCUGACGUUAAAUCAAGCUGGAUGUUUUACUGUCUGUCACAGCCAAGCAUGGGACUCGAAAAUUGUAACGAGCGCUUGGUGGGUGUACCCAAAUCAAGUGAGCAAAACUGCACCAACCGGCGAGUAUCUCACUGUGGGAAGCUUCAUGAUCCGCGGUAAAAAGAAUUUUCUCCCUCCUCACCCUCUUGUGAUGGGAUUUGGUCUUCUCUUUCGUUUGGAUGAAAGCUCCUUGGCUUCACAUCUAAAUGAAAGGCGUGUAAGAGGUGAAGAUGAAGCCCUUCAAGAAGACCAAGAAGAGCCUCGUAAAGAACAGAACGAUUCUGGUUCAGAUGAAGAAAUUAUUAGUGAAGGAGAGACAAGUAAAGAACCAGAUACAGUUCCAGUAUCUCCUAAUGAUAAUGUUGAAGCAAGCAAUUUGAAAGACCUUCACGAUGAGAAUUCCUCUGAUAAAGAUAUUACUUCCCAACUUGAGGUUCUUAUGGAUAAGGCUUUGGGCCUUGGCCCUGCUAAAUUAUCUAAUAAUACCUCUGGUUUGGAUGAUAAUAAAUCGACAUUGGAAGCGGCGGAUGAUGUUGAAGAGAAAAAGGCUGCUGUGAGAGAGAAGCCUCAUGUAUCGAAGGCAGAGAGGCGAAAACUUAAGAAAGGACAGAAUAAAAAUGAAAUCGCGAGUGAGUUACAUGAAAACGAAGCAGGAAAUAAACCCGUUCUUUCAGGUUCUCAACAAGAUAAAGUUAAGGAGAACUUAAAGACUGCUAGUAUGAAAAUUAGUCGUGGGCAAAAGGGCAAACUUAAGAAGAUUAAGGAGAAAUAUGCGGAGCAGGAUGAAGAAGAAAGGGAAAUUCGUAUGGCUUUACUAGCGUCUGCUGGAAAAGCUCUGAAAAAGGAUAAAGAUUCACAUGAUCAGGAUGGUGUUGCUGAAAAGCCAACAAAAGCAGUAUCCGGCCAAGAUGAUUCGUUGAAAGUAUGUUACAAAUGUAAAAAAUCCGGCCACCUUUCUCGCGAUUGUCGAGAAAAUUCUUCCGAAGCAGAUCAGCCCCACGGCUUAAAUGCAAAUGGUGCCAACUCUGAGGAUCUUACUUCAGAAGCAAACAAAUCUAAUUCUGAGAUGGCUAAGAUAGCUAUCGAUGAAGAUGGAAUCCAUGAAAUUGGCGAAGAAGAGAAAAUGAAAUUAAAUGAUUUAGAUUACUUGACAGGAAAUCCUCUACCAAGUGAUAUUUUGCUGUACGCUGUUCCGGUUUGCGGUCCUUAUAAUGCGUUGCAAACAUACAAAUACCGUGUCAAGAUAACUCCAGGCACUGCAAAGAAAGGGAAAGCUGCAAAAACUGCGAUGAAUCUAUUCAGUCACAUGCCCGAAGUGACGAACCGAGAAAAGGAACUAAUGAAAGCAUGCACCGACCCGGAAUUGGUGGCCGCAAUUAUCGGCAACGUUAAGAUCACCGCGCCAGGUCUCACUCAACUAAAGCAGAAACAAAAGAAGGGGAAGAAGUCGUCAAAGGAAAACUAGAAGAUACUUCAGCAGGCUGCAAAGCUUCAAAAGAUUACUCGUCAGAAUAUUUGGCUCGUGUCUGGGAAUUUUCUUCAUAGACAGACGGAAGAAAAGGCUAAAUGGUUUUCCGUGGCAAGAUCGAAUAGAUGUGAACUAAAAGAAGAUUGAAUUUUGAGCUGUUAAUAGAUCAGAUUUGUAUCUUAGAGGGUUUUUUUUUUUUUUUUUUCCUUCUGUUUUCAUCUUUGAAACUUCAAUGUUGCAAUGUAAUAUACAAAUCUGAGAUUCAGUUCUUUGCAACUUACCUGCAAUGUAACAUAACCUAUCAUGCUCAAACUGUGACAACUACUGAUACUUUGUUCGCACACUGUUCGAUAAUGAUAUUAAAAUGUUGUGGAAGAGUUCUUCA